ACCGGAAGCCGGAAACAGCAACCCGCGCUAGAAAAACUUCGCGGGAGUUUAUGACAGAACAACAACAGAGGACUACUCAGAAGUAAACAAAUCUUACUUCACGUUUAAAACAGAAAUGAGUCUUUGGGUGGACAAAUACCGCCCGGCCUCCCUGGGGAAACUCGACUACCAUAAAGAACAAGCAGUGCAGCUGAAGAACCUGGUGCAAUGUGGAGAUUUCCCCCAUCUCCUGGUGUACGGACCGUCGGGCGCAGGAAAGAAGACCCGCAUAAUGUGUCUCCUGAAGGAGCUGUACGGAGCCGGGGUGGAGAAGCUGCGUAUCGAGCACCAGACCAUCGUUGCGCCCUCGAAGAAGAAAAUAGAAAUCAACACGAUAGCCAGUAACUACCACUUGGAGGUCAACCCGAGUGAUGCCGGUAACCAGGACCGCGUGGUGAUCCAGGAGCUGAUCAAGACGGUGGCCCAGUCCCAGCAGAUCCAGUCCAGCACACAGAGGGAGUUCAAAGUGGUGCUGCUGACCGAGGUGGAUCGCCUCACCAAGGACGCCCAGCAUGCAUUGCGUCGCACCAUGGAGAAGUACAUGGGCACCUGCCGCCUCAUCCUGUGCUGUAACUCCACCUCCAAGGUGAUCGGGCCAAUCAGGAGCCGGUGCCUGGGCGUGCGAGUGCCGCUGCCCAGCACCGAGGAGGUGUGCAGCGUCCUGUCGACCGUGUGUAAGAAGGAGGGCCUGUCCCUGCCCUCGGAGCUCGCCCGGCAGAUCAGCGAGCGCUCGGGACGCAACCUCCGCAAGGCGCUGCUGAUGUGCGAGGCCUGCAGAGUGCAACAGUAUCCCUUCUCGGUGGACCAGGCGGUGCCAGAGACGGACUGGGAGGUGUAUCUGAGGGAGACGGCCAAUGCCAUCGUCAGCCAGCAGAGCCCUGCCAGGUUAAUGGAAGUACGAGCCAGACUCUAUGAGCUCCUGACUCACUGCAUCCCUCCUGAGAUCAUUAUGAAGGGCCUGGUGGCCGAGCUGCUGAGCAACUGCGACGGGCAGCUGAAGACGGAGGUGACCCACAUCGCGGCCUACUACGAGCACCGGCUGCAGCUGGGCAACAAGGCCAUCUACCACCUGGAGGCCUUCACCGCCAAGUUCAUGGCCAUCUACAAGAAGUUCAUGGAGGACGGCCUGGACGGGCUCAUGUUCUAGAGGAACUGGGGGGGGGACUCAUGUUCUAGAGGGACGGGGGGGGGGGAGAGAGAGGACAGGAGAGAGGGGGAGGAAGGAGUAGAGAGGAGAGGAGGGGGGAGAGAAGAGAGGGGAGAGGACCAGGGAGAUCUCGAAGGGGGGGAGGACCAGGGAGAACUCGGAAGGGGGAGCCUUUGACAAACUGAGGAGGUGGAUGAUGAUGAUGAGGAGGAGGGAUGACGUCUCUGUGCAGCACUUGGAGGGUGGAUAAGUCGCGGUCUUGGUAUCGUGGCUGAUAAUAUUUCACUGAAAUAAAUGUUACGUUAUUUGUACAUUAAAUUGAUUUAUUAUGCAGGCAUGACAUUUAAUGAUAGGGGCAUGAUGAGUUCCCUCUAACUUUAUAAUUGGUUCAUAUUUUUUUAUGGAAAUCCCAUUAGUGGUAGGAGAAGUGAUUGUACAGUACCAUUAUGGUGCAUUAUGAGAUAUUAAUUUCCUCAAGGUAAAUUAUUGAGUUUACAUUUAAUAAGUGCAUGGUUGGCAGAGUUUUGUAGAAGGCAAUACUAUUUUGCAGAGGUGCACUCAAACACAAAGAAUAGAAAAACGCAUUCUAUACACAAUGUCAAAUAGUCAAAAUUAUUAAUGUACAUAUAUAAGUAGUCUUUGUUCCAUUACAGUAAGCUAUAUAGAUAGGGGAAAUUGUAAGGGUUAAAUACAUAUGGGCUACCAAAACAUCAACUUGUCGGAUUCUUCAAUACAUAUUGGAGGAUCAAUGGUUUCCUUUAUAAGGUGACUUUGCUACACAACAGAACGUGUAAAAUAAAAGUGUAAUCUUGACCUUCUCUUGUUUUCUGAGUGCCGUUAUACCAGUAGGUUAGCCAUACGUUAAACGUGAUAUUAUGCCACCAGGUGAGUGUGAUUAGACAUUACAGACCUUUUCCCUGUGGUUUAGUGACAUCACAAGUGGGCGUGUCCACCUAGAUGUACGAUGGAGAGAUAAGCAACAUUUGCU